UGUCCUCCUCCCCCUGUGGCGCAUGGAGAAAAGGUAUGAAGAGCUGGUGCAGUACCCAGGGUCUGACAUUAUGCCUGUGGGGGGGUACGGCGAAGCGAUGAGGUCACUGCCCCCCCCCCACUAUGAGCACACCGUACCUGACUCACUCAAACACCACCGCGAUCAGAUCUACGGCCAUCCGCUGUUCCCCCUCCUGGCUCUGGUGUUUGAGAAGUGUGAAUUGGCCACCUGCUCACCGCGUGACUCCACCUCCCUGUCGAACCCCGCCCACCUUCCCGGCCUGUCCAGUCACAGCGAUGUUUGCUCCUCCGACUCAUUCAACGAGGACAUCGCAGCCUUCGCCAAACAGAUCCGUUCAGAGAAACCCAUCUUUUCAUCAAAUCCAGAACUGGACAAUCUGAUGAUCCAGGCCAUCCAGGUGUUACGCUUUCACCUGCUGGAGUUAGAAAAGGUUCACGAUCUGUGUGACAACUUCUGUCAUCGCUACAUCACCUGUCUUAAGGGCAAGAUGCCCACUGACCUGGUGCUGGAGGAGCGAGACGGUAGCUCCAAAUCCGACAUGGAGGACUUCACCGGUUCCUGCACCAGCCUGUCCGAACAGAAUCAGUCUUGGUUGCGAGACACAGAUGACUGUGUGUCUACCCCCUCAGGCACCCCCAGUGCUUCCUGUGGACUCACCACGCACAGCGCAGAGACCUGCAGCGACGCCGGAGACGGACUGGACGGAGCUGUAGCGUCUCCCAGCACAGGAGAGGAGGACGAGUUGGACCGAGACAGAAGGAGCAACAAGAAAAGAGGGAUUUUCCCCAAAGUGGCAACCAACAUCAUGAGAGCGUGGCUCUUCCAGCAUCUAUCGCAUCCGUACCCGUCUGAAGAACAGAAAAAACAACUCUCUCAAGACACAGGACUCACCAUCCUCCAGGUCAACAACUGGUUUAUAAACGCCAGACGCAGAAUAGUCCAGCCCAUGAUUGACCAGUCAAACCGCUCAGGUCAAGGUGCCCCAUACAGUCCAGAGGGGGCAGCGUUAGGAGGUUAUGGAUUAGAGGCUCAACCUCACUUAGGCCUUAGGACAGCAGGUCUUCAGGGAAUGCCGUCUCUGCCUGCUGACUAUCCCGGAGCGCUGCUGCCCCAGCCGGGCUACACCCACGCCGCUCCAUCGCUGCACCCGUACCCUGCGCCCCACCCCGCCAUGCUACUGCACCCACCCCCCCAUCCCCACUCCGCCGAGCCUCUAAUUGGACAAGGCCUCGACAUCCACGCCCACUGAGAGUGGGGGGAGGGGGGACGGGCAGAGGAGGGGGGGCAGAAAGAGGCGGGGCAAGACACUGCACUGGUUUCACCUCCGCAAUGGUUCAGAUGCACUCACAGUAUCUCCAAUAAAACACUAACCCUUUAUAAUCACUGUGUCUUAAACCCGACGACACAAAACCUUCUACGUAUCAGACUGUUUUUUACAUAAACGGCUCAAAGUACUUUGCCUGAAAGCGCUGCGAUCCUCGGCCGUUAACUCACGUUUGCUUUUCACGAACCUUUUUUUGAAUUUUUGCACGCUACACGUCUCGGCUUACACCCACGUCUUCCUAUGGCCUUUGGGGUGACCUGAGCCCUCUCCUGCUUCCCUGAACUGAACUUCUGGGGCCCUCCAGGCCUCGCUUGCCUUGCCCAGAACCCCGUCUGUUUCUUCAGGAACACCAACAGAGGAGCAUGCCAGACGUCUGCAGUCUGGUGCCUUCACAACUGUACCAAAUAGUCCUGCGGCAGUCUUCUAGAACCAACGCUUUCUCCACAAACCCAAAGACAUACUUGCUGGAUGCAUUCAAUAAAAUGAGAGACUAACUGCUGCCGGUCUUCUGAGCUCUGAGCUGAACUGGUCUUCCCACGAACGACGGCAGUGCAAUUCCUUGUCUCAGCCCUGUUGUCAUCAUGUCACUCUGUCAUAUUUAUUAUUGCUUUAGGUUUUUUAUGUUGAAUCUAUUUUUGUAUUUAAGUAUUUCAAAGAGACUCAAUCUCACCAAACCUUGAGUUAAUGUUAAUCUUCAGUUUUUUGAAGCUUUUAUUAAUGGUAGCCCUCUUGAGGUCCUAAUGAGCACAUUUUUACUUUGCUUUGUAAGGAUCAGACGUACAUCAGUGUGUUCUCUCUCUGUUUACAUGAGUAACACAUGCAUUGUUUUUUUGUAAACAGUCCUAACAGAGUAAAAUCUGUAAAGGGGUUCCACAAGCACCAGUAUUAGGGUCCAUUUUGUUUCUUACAGAUGACUGUCUCUUCAUUUUUUUGUUGUUUUUGAACAUUUUCACUAAAAUUUGGAAUUCCCUCUACUAUAAAAUCAUAUGUCUUUCAUCUUUGCAUCAAAAUGAUAAUUGUAAAUGGUGAGAUAAUAAUGUUUAUGAUGACGGAAUGAUA